UUCCGCGUCCACAAGGCGGGGUGGGUUCAACUUUCACCGUGUUCUCGUCUAUCCUCCAGAACCGCCAUGAUUUCCCAGUUCUUCAUUCUGUCUUCCAAGGGGGAUCCGCUCAUCUAUAAAGACUUCCGCGGGGACAGUGGUGGUCGUGAUGUGGCAGAGCUCUUCUACCGGAAGCUGACGGGACUGCCUGGAGGCGAGUCCCCGGUUGUCAUGGUAACUACUGUGGUUGGUGUGCAGGGCCUUAGAACUGUGGAGUAUCACGGUGAUCGUCAUUUUAUUCACAUCAGACACAGUGGGCUCUAUUUGGUGGCCACAACCUUAGAAAACGUCUCUCCUUUCAGCCUUCUGGAGCUGCUUUCCCGGCUAGCCACUCUCUUGGGUGACUACUGUGGCUCACUCAAUGAGGGAACCAUCUCACGCAAUGUGGCGCUUGUCUACGAACUCCUGGAUGAAGUGCUGGAUUAUGGCUAUGUGCAGACUACAUCCACAGAAAUGCUGAGGAACUUCAUCCAAACUGAAGCUGUGGUCAGCAAGCCCUUCAGCCUCUUUGACCUCAGCAGUGUUGGAUUGUUCGGGGCAGAGACACAGCAGAAUAAAGUGGCCCCAAGCAGCGCAGCCAGCCGCCCUGUCCUGUCCAGUCGUUCUGACCAGAGCCAAAAGAAUGAGGUGUUUUUGGAUGUGGUGGAGAGACUGUCUGUACUGAUUGCAUCUAAUGGCUCGUUGUUGAAGGUGGACGUCCAAGGAGAGAUACGGCUCAAGAGCUUCCUUCCCAGCGGUUCUGAGAUAUGCAUUGGCUUGACAGAAGAAUUUUGUGUUGGAAAGUCAGAACUGAGAGGUUAUGGGCCAGGGAUUCGAGUUGAUGAGGUGUCAUUCCAUAGUUCUGUCAAUCUAGAUGAGUUUGAGUCUCAUCGGAUCCUCCGCCUGCAGCCACCUCAGGGCGAGCUGACUGUGAUGAGAUACCAGCUCUCUGAUGACCUCCCCUCACCACUCCCCUUCCGGCUCUUUCCCUCUGUGCAGUGGGACCAAGGCUCAGGCCGGCUCCAGGUUUACCUGAAGUUACGGUGUGACCUGCCCCCAAAGAGCCAAGCUCUCAACAUUCAUCUGCACCUUCCCCUGCCCCGAGGGGUCAUCAGCCUGUCUCAGGAACUGAGCAGUCCAGAUCAGAAGGCAGAGCUGGGAGAAGGAGCCCUUCACUGGGAUCUGCCCCGGGUACAAGGAGGCUCUCAACUCUCCGGCCUUUUCCAGAUGGAUGUCCCUGGCUUGCAGGGACUUCCCAACCAUGGACCUUCUCCCUUGGGGCUGGGUCCUGCCAGCCUCUCCUUUGAACUCCCUCGGCACACAUGCUCCGGUCUCCAGGUUCGAUUCCUCAGACUGUCCUUUAGUGCCUGUGGUAAUGCCAAUCCUCACAAGUGGGUUCGACAUCUAAGCCACAGCAACGCCUACGUAAUUCGGAUUUGAAGCUCCCCAAGCAAGGAUAUGGACAGCAAUGUGAGCAGGCAGUUGAACAGGAAGAGGACAUUUUCUUUGUGGCUUUGGACCUGGACAGGAAGGUCCCACGGACCUUAUGUGAUGCGGGAGGCUCACAAACUUACAAAUCCAACUUUUAUUCUGAGGAACUUACUGUACAAUAUCUAAAAAGAAAGUCACUGGGGAAAACCUUUCCUCCUUCCUCCCUCACAGGUUGUUUGAGUGUGUAGGAAUCUGCACAAGAGAGGAGGUCAGCACAUGUGACACAUCACAGAGCAGGCUGGGGAGAGCCAGGUCCAGUAGGCUGCGAGCCAUUAGCCUUUGGAGUCCCUGGAGCUGGAGGGGGGCUGUCCCCAGCUUCCUGCUUCCCCCCACAGAGGGUACUUCCCCCAAGUGGGGAUGGUGAAGAAGAUGAAGGGGGGACUGGAGAAGGAUGAGAAGGAGGGCCUCCUUUGCCUUCCCCUGUUGGGGGAAGAGAGACCACAAUGUAUUUCUGAACACUGCCAGAACCAGCAGGGGCUGUGCUUGGGGGUGCAGUGGUAGCAGUGGAGACCAGCUUGACGAUGGGCUGCACGCUGGGAACCGUGGUGGUGACAGGAGAGGUAGUAGUAGAGCCUGAGCCAGGAGCUGAGGUGCUGAGGGACAGAACCUGAGCGAGAAAGGAGGGUCUAGGGUCAUGUUGUCCUUGCUUCCCCCAGAAUCCUUUUCCAGGUAUCUACUGUUGACACAUGCCCUCCACUCCCACCUUCCCUUGUAGUCCCCAGUGAAUGGAUGGUCAAGACUGCUGCUAGCUUGAGGCCUCUAAGAUACUGAGAAGUAGCUCUUAUGCUGUCCGAGUUUGAGCAUGAAGGGAUUAGGUUACAGCUUGGAGGUUUCCCCAGGGGCAUCACACCCCUCACCCUGGCUCCACAUACCUGCUGGGUUGAUGAGGCACUGGAAGAUGAGGACAUUACAAUAAACUUGGUUGGAGGAGGAGAAGGCUGAGGAGGAGCAGCAGCUCUCGCAGACACCAGUGUCUGAACAGGCAAGGCAAUGGAGCCAGGGACCUUCAAUAAGCCAGGCGUGCGAGGGCCUGGCUGAGGGGCCUGUGAAAGGGUCAGUGUGGGCCGAGGCUAUGAAGAGAACAGACACAGGAAGAAAAUGUUAACAUUGAAGGCAGACCUGAGCCACUCCAGGUAGCUAGCUCUUCAUUGGGCGUGGGAGAGGUCCAGCUCCCUGAGACUGCUGGCUAUGACAAACGCUAUCCCAAACCUGGGUACAUUUCCUCCCUCAGCAGCUGACCUGUGUGAUGGUGAGUGUGGUCCUGUUGACCUGCUGAGCUUGUAGAGCAGCCUGGGCCCUGGCCUUCACCACAUGGGAACAGAGAAGGGGCCCAAGGGACCCAAAUUCUCCCCGGUAGGCAUCCUGAUUGUCAGGUGGAGGGCGCAGCUUGGCCAGUACUGGGGCACAGUGUUUCUGUAGAGAAGGCAGAGUAAGGGCUGGUAUCCUCCCACAAAGAUGAGAGGAGCCCAUCCAGUGUUACUGUUAGAAGUCACAGUGAAAAGCAAUGGCCUCUGGACACAGCACUUGAGCUGAAGCAGGAAGGAGUUCUAGGCUAGCCUGAGCAGGUGGCGUAUCUCAAAGUUUUUUUUUUUUUUUUUUUUUUUUUUAAAAAGGGCCAAGGAGAAUAUAGCGUCAUUGGUAGAAUGCUUUGCAAACAAGUAUAUGGCCCCAAGUUCAAUUCCCAGCAGCAUAACAACAAAAAGAAUGGGGGUGGGGACUGGAGGGUAACUCAGGUUUAGAACACUCCCUCAGGGUGGUUAUUCACAGACAUCUGGGACUCUAGUUCCAGGUUUGUUACCUUCCUCUGGCUUCCGUGGGCACCUCUACCCAUGGUGUACAUUCAUAAACAUAAAAAAGUCUUAAAAAUAAAAAGGAAUGAUUUCAGUGGG